ACUAUAUUCCCAUAAGCAGGUCUUUAACAAACAAGGCAAGACAUAUCUACUCACGCUAAUGCAUUUGCAAUGUAAAGUUUAAAGUCCCGGUUUCUGCACAUUUGUGGAUAAUUGAGGGUAUUCGGCCUCUUCCAUGCCUGCACCUCGUGUGUCCGACAGAGGGCGCUGUGACACAAGACCAACCACCUGGGCGUUAUCCGUCAACCUGCUCAAUCAAUAACCAGAUCGAACAGUUCCGCCCAGCAGCCGACCUGCCCAGGGCCGGCCGUCCCUCUCCCAACAGAGCCUCCAGUCCGCCACACUGACGUCAGCGGAACAAAAAGCGAACUUUUUCUUCUUCCCCGUGUGUUUUUGAAGGAUCAAUUAGUGCGGAUUGAGGAGGAAGGUGAGGGGCGUGUAAUGGGUUAACGGCGGAAGGCCUCGCCUCACCUUUCGUGCGCGCCACCCGGUCACGGGCCCCACCGUCCGCGCGCACAAACUACAGAGAAGGAGGGAGGGGAGGGGAGGGGAGGGGGGAAUCACCGCCUCCUCGCCGCCGCCAGACGCGCCUCCUCGCCCCGGUCGCCCUCACCCUCCUGUCGGCGUCCGCCCCGCCGCUCCAACGCCAACCACAACCGCACUUCUUUCACCCGGAGGACAACGGUGACUGAGGGAGGAGGAGUGAAACCAUGAAGGACCGCAUGCAGGAACUUCGACACGGGAAGGAGACGACAGAAGAAGAGGAUGAAGUCGCUGUCGGGAUGGAUAAAGGCUUUAUGGACGAAUUCUUCGAACAGGUGGAAGAAAUCCGGGGUUUUAUCGAGUCUCUGGCAGAGAAAGUCGAGGAGGUGAAGAGACAGCACAGCGCCAUCCUCGCCUCUCCUAACCCAGAUGAGAAGACUAAAGCAGAGCUGGAGGAUCUAAUGGCAGACAUCAAGAAGUUGGCCAACAAAGUACGCUCCAAAUUAAAGAGUAUCUUGCAAACCAUCGAGCAAGAGGAAGGGCAGAAUAGGUCAUCAGCCGACCUGAGGAUACGUAAAACACAGCACUCCACACUGUCCCGUAAGUUUGUCGAGGUGAUGUCAGAAUACAACACCACACAGUCGGACUACAGGGAGCGCUGCAAGGGACGCAUUCAGAGACAGCUGGAGAUCACCGGGAGGAAUACAACGAAUGAGGAGCUGGAGAGCAUGUUGGAGAGUGACAACCCAGCUAUCUUCACUUCAGGAAUCAUCAUGGAUAACAUCACCCAGCAAGCUAUGAAUGAGAUCGAGACGCGGCACACUGAGAUCAUCAAGCUGGAAAACAGUAUUAGAGAGCUUCACGACAUGUUCAUGGACAUGGCCAUGCUGGUGGAGAACCAGGGUGAGUUGGUGAACAACAUUGAGCGGAGUGUGCUCGAGGCUCAUGAGUACGUGGAGCAUGCAAAGGAGGGCAUCCCAAAAUGCAAAAAGUUCAAUAAGACCAGCAGACGGAAGGUGAUCCUGAUAGCAGCUUGUGUUGCACUAUGUCUGAUCAUCCUCAUUAUUUGCCUCACAGUUGGACUCAGUUAGGACCAUAAGAAAUCCCCACAGAGCAGACAGGGCCUGACGUGAUGCCUCCUUUAGGGGGCAAAGACUAAAUACUAACCAUUCAGGUGAUGUGGUGGGCUCUGUAAUGUGCAGUCAGCAACUGCUCAUUAAUUGUCAGAAGACUUACAUUUCUGGUAUGAAUGAAUUCAGUCCGUCUCAUAUUUAACGAUAACUUUUAGAUGCAUUUUUAUUAUAUACUUUUUUUCUAAACUAAACAGUCAGUCCGUUUGUGUCAUGAUUCACACACCUUUGUUUUGUGCACGCUCUGUUAAGUCUUGUGAAGAACUUUGCAUGUUUAGAACUGAAUUGAUAAUCAGAAUAAGUGUGUGAUGAAGCACAAUGAAAAACUUUCACUUCAGCAUUGAGUGAGUUCAUGAACAGUCAGCAUCUUGUGUGUGUGUGUGUGUGUGUGUGUGUGUGUGUGUGUGUGUGUGUGUGUGUGUGUGUGUGUGUGUGUGUGUGUGUGUGUGUGUGUGUGUGUGUGUGUGUGUGUGUGUGUGUGUGUGUGUGUGUGUGUGUGUGAACCUUUAUUUAAUCUGGCAGGUCUCAUUGAGAAGGAGAUCUCAUUUCAAGAGAGACCUGAGUGCAUGAAUCAAAGAACAUAAAACAAAUUAAAAUGAAUCAUUAAGAACUCUGAUAAUAUUUGUUGCAUUAAAGGAAAAGUUAGACAUUUUGGCAACUGGACAAAAAUAAACUAAUCAUGUUCUUGCAAAGAUGAGUUCGAUGUUGACUGUUUAUGAACUCAGGGAAUGCAGGAACGCAAACUUAAAAAAGACAUCAUUUACAAUGAAGUUUGCUUUAACGCCACUGUGUGGAUUUUCAUAGAAAAAAUAAACAAUCUGUUAUCUGAUUGUAUUGUGUGUCGCUGUCGUCAUGUUACCCUCCACUACCACCAGAUGUCCCCAAAAAUGUGGGAUUCUCCUCUACACAGUGGAUUUAAAUGCUGGAGUGAAUGUGUUUGUGGCUUGUGUGAAUGUACUGAAUUUUGUUACUGUAAAUGUACUCUGAACAAAAUGCAGAAGUUGGAUGAUGAAGAAAUCCUUCUAAACCACACUCCAUACACAAACAUCAUCAGAUACAUUAAAUCCAAAUGUCUUUCUCCAAACUACAUUGUUGUCCUCCUGCUUUCAUCUGAACUGCAUUUUGUUCUGAAUAUUAUAAAUACUAUUUAAAUGUGUUAAAGUAUAAAUUCAUAUUUCUAACAUGUGUUCCUCUUCUUCCCAUUUGCUGCCAUGGACGACCGUUUACCUCUUGUUGACACUAUUUAGAAGAAAAUUAUGAUUCUUAUAUGCUGUGUGGUUCUGGGAAUUGUAGUUGCUUCCAUCGUUGGGGGAACACUAGCCUAAACCUCGGCCACGGACACACUAAAACACACACACACACACACACACACACACACAAACAAAACAUAGCAAAAACAGAGAAGAUAUACAUUUUCAGUUUCCUGUUUUCAUGAAUGCAAUCUAAUACACGUUCAGCACAAGGUGCGGUGGCUUCUGUGCGACAAACUUUUAACACAGAGUACAGGGCCAGAGGUGUUUUUUCGCAUGAGUUGCUAUUUUGUAAAUGUGUGGUGCUGCAUCAUGUUUCUCUGAGUGUUGAGUGUUGUCAAAGAUAUGAUGUUUCCAAAAGUGAAUUCUUGAAUGAAAAAGUUACUAAAAUGCUAUGUAACACUAUACUAAUACAUUCCAACUUCCAAAUAUGACAUUUAUUCAGUUGUAAUCUUCGUUUUGUGUUGUACAGGCAAAGUAUCAGGCCACAUAUCCGCAGUGUUUUCAAAGCCACCUUAUCUAUAGACCCAUUUUUUUUCAUGUUUAUUUGCUUUAUCUUUUCUAGUCUUCUUUCUUUAUGUCUCUGAUGUCCUAUUCCUCCCUUUCAAAAGCCCUGCAUGGUUUCGUUCACUGUAAAGUUGUAUUCUAUUUCAAAAGGGAAAGAAGACAGCUGUACUGACGUGGGGAUAUUUUGCUCGUAGAAUCGUCACACUGCCAAACCUUUUUCUAAUGUCAUCUCUUGUAGUUCACAGAAGAAAUGCUACUGUAACUUGAGUUUCAUCCGGCCUUAGCAGUCGUGCAGCCUUUCAGACUGUGGCUCUAGUGUGUGUGAGUGAGUGCAUGCAUACAUAAAGUACACGUGGGAGUGCGAGUCGUGGGAUGAGAAUAUGAGUGCUUGUUAGAAGUCGUCUGUUUGUUUUGUGUAAAUGUGUAAAAGUGUAAAUGGAUAUAAAGCACUCUAUUACACUGCCAGUAUGUUCAAAUAAGCUGUUGAAAUCUGAGUGUUGUUGGAUUGAUACGUGACAAACCCUUGUUGUUUUAAGAAUUUUUAUUUAAAACCCUGAGCUCUAACAGAGCUUAUCUUUCUAUCUACUUCUCUGUUUAUUUUCAUGAAUGAACUGCCGUCUAUGAAGGCGUCAGCAUGAAUUCAAAGUAGCCCUGUGAAAGACUCAUCUCAGUUUUCUGGCGACAUAUCAGACAUGCACAAUGCAAACAUGUUACCAUGUUGCCUACUCAACUUGUUGCCUUUGUGUUGUAUUGUGAAGAAGUGGUUUUGUUUGUUAAAUCUUUUUGUUUUUUUUGUUUUUCAAGUAAAGUUUGUCUGAGGAAUCA